CAAUAAGAGAUACUCAGGUAUUUCACUGAAAAAAUAGUGCACUUUUAACGCAGUCUUGUUUCUUAACACUAAGGCUUGCAGUAGGAUCUUCAUUUUAGCUCACAAGCAGGGUUUCAUUCCAGCUGAAUUUGGCAGCUGGAAAGGACUAAUUUUUAAAAGUUUUCCUGGUCAGUACACCAGGCCUACACUUCCCUUUUCUUUAAACUGAGCUAGAAAAAUAAUGAAGUCUUGCUGCUGAAGGCCUAUGAGUGGCCCUUUAACUGUCUGAAAUGAUCCCAAAGAGGGAUCCGGAAGCUCUGUGGGUAUCACUGCUGCCUUGAACCGCCUGGGUCCCACUGUGUGUGUGUGUUAAUACUUGGUGGCUGCAUGUUCUGCCCAUUUUGUUUCCUCCCACAGUCCAAAAGUUUGGCUAUGCCAAUUGGCACCUCACGGUACUACAUAUAUGUGUGAGUGUGCACCCUCAGAUGGACUGCUAUCCCCUCUUGGACUUUCCUUGCUCUGUAUCUCCUUGGAUGAGCUUCCAGUGACCCUGUACUGGUUUGCAGGAUGUGGGCCGCCUCGGGUGGCCAUAUUGAACGGCGAACGUCAUCAGCAUCGCCAGGUGGAGCCAUGCAAAGGAGCCAUUUUUCUGUGUCGCUGUUGCUGAAUGCGUGUGGUUACGUGACUCAAAAGACAAAGUCACUUGAAGCCGUGUAGUGUGAGCUGUGAACUGAGCAGGACAACGAGGACUAUGGAUGUCCAGCGGACCGCUGUGCUGCUGCUGGUGCUGCUGCGGGAAGCUCCAUGUGCGGAAGCAUUGCAGGUGGACGACCCCCUAUUCUGUUACAUCUUGGAUGGUAUUCUGUUGGUGUAUAGCAUCAUCAUCACUGCGUUAUUUUUCCAAGCAAAGCUCGGCACACCCAACUCCAAGCUGGAGAAUAACUCUACUUAUUCUGAACUGAUGACAUCUGGUGAACAAUAUGACUGGCUGAACAGAGACAUAGAGAGCGGGAGUAGAACACGGGCCCACAGACCAAAUGAUGAGGUCUACACGCCACUGAAACCAGGCGCAGGGGACACAUACCGGGAAAUACCUGCGAAGAAUGAGCGACGCAGAAACAAGAACGAAAUGGUGUAUCAGGAUCUGAGUUCAGCCACCAAGGACACCCCCUACGACUCUCUCCAGAUGUACCCAGUGGGGCAGAGACGCUAAGCAGUGCUUGGCUGCUGACCUUAGAGCAAUGUUUCCCAACCCAGUCCACGGGGAACCCCGGACAGUCCACGUUUUUGCUCCCUCCCAGCUCUCAGCCAAUUACUGUAGGAACACCCAAUACCUGGUACAGGAGUGCUGGGAGAUGAAAGGAAGUAAAAAUGUGGACUGGCCGGGGUUCCCCGAGGACUGGGAUGGGAAACACUGCCUUAGAGGCUCCCACAGCAGCCUACUGCCCUCUGCUGGUGAGCCCUCACAAUUGCACCGGUGGUCCUUACUUUUGAGGAGGUGCAAACCAGAAGUGCUCGAUAACUGUGUAUAUAAACUGAGGUUACAGCUAUAUUAUUAUGGGCCUGUAUAACCAAUAAAAUGCAAACCAGGAGGAUACUUAAACAGAUUGGUAUAACCAAGGAUUAGUGAUCUACAUUUCAGUGUGAUUAACAAUGGAACAUCAUUGUAUGUGGUUAGUAUUAUUACUGAUCAGUGCUGUUAGUGUUACGGAAACUUUUUUUUAUAAUCUGAAAUAUGAGUAUAGAAAUGUGUGAAUUUGCAGAGUAGAACAGCUUGGAAAAUAGGUAACUUUAUUAAAGGAAAAAUGUAUGUUUCUGUUCUAGUUUGUACUUUAAAUGUAUAUGUAAAUAUAUUAUCUAUAUAUACACAUGAAGUGUAAUGUCGAGUCUCUUCAGUCAGAUUUACUGUGAAGUGAACUGCAAAUACAAAUGCUGGCCUGAAAUGCA